AUGCUCGAUUUCGUCGUCUUUUUUCCAGAAAGUGGUGUAGUCCAUGAACGACCAUAUGUGGUUUGGACUAUUUUGAUUGAAGAUAUGAACCAAAUGGUUGAAUCAUUUCGAAUUGAAUUAGCAGCAAGAGUAGCUACCCUUAUCGACGAUACACAAAAUCGACAUCAACAAAUAAAAUUAUUACAAGAACAUUGGAACAAAUUAUCAACUAAUAAACGUGGCUGUGGAUUUUAUACAAAACAGCCAGAAGAUUACAUUAUGAACCACAUGACGUCAAGUUUGGCAAAUCCACCUGUGAUUAACGAUAAUUUAUCUUUACCUCAAUUAUUGCCAGAAUGGUUAAAUUGUGCAGUCACGUUGUUAUUAUCAAUUGAGAAUAUUCGUCGUCGAACACUGUCAGCACAAUCAAAUUUAUCACCUUUAUUAAAAGAAAUAGCCAUCUUCAUCGACCAUUAUUGUACUGGUUUAUAUGAGAAAAAACUAAAACGAAAGGAAACAACAAAAGCAAUGAAAACCCAAUUUGCAGUAGUUAUCAAUAGUCAACUUCAAGCGAUAAAAUGGUAUUAUUGCACAAAUUGUGGGAUUAAAUUACGUGUAUUAGUCGUCUACAAAUAUAUACCAAUCAACGUUAUUAAUGGUCAGCUAUCACUCGAGAGAGAAUUAACCAGUUUCUUUCAUGGUGCAACAUCAGAUCGGCACUGUAAAAAAUGUUCAGAUAUAAUGGUACGACGAAUGCAAGUAUUAAAUUGGCCUGAUGUUUUGAUAUUAACAAUCAAUGAUCAAACAACAACAACCAUAAAACGAUAUUCUCGAAAACCAUCGAAAGUCUUUUCUUUAUAUCCAUACAAUGAUGUUAUUAAUAUUUGUAUAAAUUCAAAAUGUAUAUUUGAUUUAACAACAUUCAUUUCACUUAAGAAAUCUGGCACAUCGAAUAAAUUAGUUCGAAUAACAAAAAUCGACAAGAAAUGGUCGACCAGUUUUUCAACAAAGCUUAUAGGUGAAGGUGUUGAUUUAUGUGAACUUUAUGCACAUAAUCAAGUGAUUAUUUUAGAACGUGUUCGACGAUCAUUAGACGUUAAUAUGAUUAACGCAAUUAUUCGCUGUUGUUCAACUGGAUUCACAGAAGAUGGCUGCGAUUUUGUCGAUGGUCCGUGUGAAUCAUUGUUUGAUGCUGUCCAUGCUAUUGAAAAUAACCCAAAAAGUGUCCAUGUUACCGUAGAUGAUCAUGUGGCUAUACCAAUUACGACGAAUUUACAUGAAACUAAUGGCGAUUGUUCACUGUGCGGUUGUUCAUUAAAUAAUGAUAUUAUACUUGACAUUUAUUCACAACGACAUUAUCAUUCACCCAAAAUAUUAUCGUAUCUUCUACAAACCAUAGCAUAUGAUGAAUUUCUGGAGUUAAACGUUGAAUUAAAUGAUGAUGAAGGCAAUAUUAUUCAUUAUCAGUCACAUGCAUUAUUAUUAAUAAGCCGAUUUACUGAUUCAAUUACGGUGUUGAAAUUGGAAAACCGAAAUGAUUUUUAUUCGUACAAAACAAACCCUUAUACACAAAAAACAAAAUGUACAAAUGCUGAAAUUGCUGAUUGUUUUUGUACGUCAUCAAAAAGCGUUGUGUUUUUAAUUCGAGUGAAUGUUUAA